GCGCGACACACACACACGCGCGCGAGCAAACACCCAAGCGAAGCAGUCAGUCACACGCACAAGAAACAAACAGCACCUCGUCUCCCUCUUCUCCAGGCGGCCAGAGGAGAAGAAAGCGGAGGAGCGGGAGCUGAAGCGGUUAUUCAUUCGUCCCCUCGUCUCCUCCUCCUCGACCUCGACCCCGUCGACUGGCGUCAAUCUAGCUUAAGGACGACAAGAAUUCCUGUAGAUCACACAAGUGAGUGAGCGAAAUGGGCGGUUUCGUCGAUCCCUUCGUCCCGGCGCCGGCGUGGCCUCAGGACGUCGUGUUCACCGGCUCUUCUUGGUCAAGCAGCGCUUCCUCUCUUGCAAAUUCUGCAGGCGCGUAUGGGGGAGCUACACCAGCUCAAGACAUAGAGUUCGACCUCCGAAACGGCUCCUCGCCGGCAUUCUUACAUGGCAGCGAUAAGGAGACCGUGUCACCUGUGGAGCUGCAUGAGGAGCUCUUGCGAGCACAGCUGCAGGACGACGUGACGCACGGCCUGAACUUUGAAGUGGACAGCGCAGUGGAGUGUGCUCUGAUGGCCGGCACACUGGGCUCGGUACUGAGCACACCUUGCGUCAUAUCGCUCGCGGACAGCGUCCCGGUCGUGCGCAGUUCCAAUGACAGCAGUGGGAGUGAGCAGUCUGGCCUGCCUCAGUUCCUCCUAGGAGAGCAAUCUAUGCCGAUACCAGCUGCAUGGACUUCAACGUUCGCGCAGAUUUCUUCGUUGGUCGGGGAAGAAACAUCGCAGAGCUUCGGUUUCGGUACGGUUAGCAACGAUGAUCUUCAGCAUGAGGCCUGCGCUGCAGAUGGGAAGAAGUAUCCGCAGCUAGGCAAUGUGCCCUCGGCACCACUUCAGCUACAUGAUGAUGUUGAGUUUGACACUGGAAAGAUGCUCUCUUUCACUCCUGGACAGCAAGUGAAUUCAAACUUUGACAGUCUGCAGAUCAGUCAAAAGGAACUCAGCGGCCUGCAUCACCUGAACCUCUCCUCCCUAGUCUCUGGGCAGCUUUCAUCGUUCAAUGCAACAGGAGCAGCAUAUAGUCCCAAACAGUCCAAUGAAGUCAGCAGUGGCAUGAAUGGAAUGACUGCACCGUUCAUAGCUCGAUCCGAAGUGCCAAAUGGCAAUGGGACUGCCGGGAAUGGAGCUCCCAAGCCUCGCGUUAGAGCUCGCCGAGGCCAGGCCACUGAUCCACACAGCAUUGCAGAGAGGCUCCGAAGGGAGAAGAUCUCUGACAGGAUGAAGAAUUUGCAGGAGCUCGUUCCAAACCCCAACAAGACUGACAAGGCAUCCAUGCUCGAUGAAAUAAUCGAUUACGUCAAAUUCCUGCAGUUACAAGUCAAGGUUCUUAGCAUGAGCAGGCUGGGCGCGACCGAAGCCAUCGUUCCGCUUCUGACAGAAUCUCAGACCGAGCAAAGCUCUGGGCUCCUCCUGUCCCCGAGAUCCGGCAAGCAGGCAGGAGGGGGUGUCCUCGGGCAGCCGGAGCUCCGGGAUGGCUCGGCCUUCGAGCAGGAGGUGGUGCAGCUGAUGGAGAACAACAUGACGACGGCGAUGCAGUACCUGCAGAGCAAGGGCCUGUGCCUCAUGCCGAUCGCGCUGGCGUCGGCCAUAUCGGACCAGAAGGGGACGUCCUCCGCCGCAGUCCGACUGGAGAAUGGCAGCGCUUCGGACGAUGGCGCCGGCGGAUGCGGCAGCAAGGGUGAUGUGAAGAAUGUGCUGGACGCGCUGAAGCCGUUCGGAAGUGCAAAGGAAAUGAAGUCCAGAGCUUAGGCAGCUGCUGUCUCUGAGGGUUUUAAAAAAAGAUUCAAGCAAUCCCGGUUUAGAUGCCUAACAAUUCAGUUUACUACUAUGUUUUACAACAUCCUUUUGAAACUUCGUUCUAUCAUGGAAUCUGGACCUAGCUUACAUGUGGAACACGAAAACUUGAUUAACAAUUUAGGUAUACGGACGUAUGGUUUAUUAGAAUCGUUUAUUUGUGUU